CUAAACUCGCAGCUCCAGAGCGGAAAACACUGCGUAAGAGAGGCGAGAGAAAAGGAAGGAAAGAGAAGAAACCCCGACAAAGUCCUUGGAGUAUGAACAGACUCACAUUUGCAGUUUUCCUGUUGGCCCUGGGGUUUCUUGUGUGCGAAGGAGGUAACCCAUGUUGCUCAGAGCCAUGCCAGAACAGAGGUGUUUGCACAGCACUGGGAACAGAUAAUUAUGAGUGUGACUGCACACGCACAGGAUAUCAUGGACAAAACUGCACAACACCUGAGUUCCUCACCUGGAUCAAAAUGUCCCUGAAGCCAUCGCCGAACACCAUCCACUACCUGCUCACCCACUUCAAGGGUUUCUGGAACAUCAUCAACAACAUCUCAUUUCUCCGGGAUGCCAUCAUGAGAUAUGUGCUGACAUCCCGAUCCCACAUGAUUGAUAGUCCUCCAACCUACAAUGCAGAUUAUGCUUACAAAAACUGGGAAGCUUAUUCCAACCUUUCUUAUUAUACGCGCACCCUCCCCCCUGUGCCAGAGGAUUGCCCAACCCCCAUGGGAGUAGUAGGUAAAAAGGAGCUACCUGAUGCAAAACUUUUGGCUGAGAAGCUCCUGAUGAGGAGGCAGUUCAUCCCGGACCCUCAGGGCACCAGUCUGAUGUUUGCGUUCUUCGCGCAGCAUUUCACGCACCAGUUCUUCAAAUCUGAUAUGAAGAAAGGACCUGCUUUUACCCUGGCCAAAGGUCAUGGGGUGGAUCUCAACCACAUUUAUGGAGACAACCUGGAGAGGCAACACAAGCUCAGACUCUUCAAGGACGGCAAGCUUAAACAUCAGAUCCUGGAUGGAGAGAUGUACCCCCCAACAGUAAAGGAAGUAGGUGUCGACAUGCACUACCCUCCUCAUGUCCCUGACUCUCACCGCUUCGCUGUGGGCCACGAGGCAUUCGGCCUGGUCCCUGGUCUGAUGAUGUACGCCACCAUUUGGCUGCGGGAACACAACCGGGUGUGUGAUGUGUUGAAGGAGGUACACCCCGACUGGGAUGACGAAAGACUCUUCCAGACCACACGGCUCAUCCUGAUUGGUGAGACCAUCAAGAUUGUGAUCGAGGACUACGUGCAGCACCUGAGUGGCUAUCACUUCAAGCUCAAGUUUGACCCUGAGCUGCUCUUCAACCAGCGUUUCCAGUACCAGAACCGUAUUGCUUCAGAAUUCAACACCCUGUACCACUGGCACCCGCUGAUGCCCGAUACUUUCCACAUUGAGGAGAAAGAUUACAACUACAAACAGUUUGUCUUCAACACCUCUGUAGUGACUGAGCAUGGCAUCGGCAACCUGGUGGAGUCAUUUACCAACCAGAUUGCUGGACGGGUUGCUGGUGGCCGUAAUGUCCCUGGACCUAUCAUGUACGUGGCCAUUAAGUCCAUAGAAAACAGCAGACAAAUGCGUUACCAGUCUCUGAAUGCCUACAGGAAACGGUUCAACAUGAAGCCCUACAGCUCUUUUGAAGACAUGACAGGAGAGAAAGAAAUGGCCGCACUGCUGGAGGAGAUGUACGGACAUGUCGACGCUGUGGAGCUCUACCCAGGCCUGCUGGUGGAAAAACCCAGGGCUAAUGCCAUCUUUGGGGAGACCAUGGUGGAGAUGGGAGCCCCUUUCUCCCUCAAGGGCUUAAUGGGAAACCCCAUCUGCUCCCCGGAGUACUGGAAGCCCAGCACCUUCGGAGGCAACGCGGGCUUUGACAUCAUCAACACUGCCUCCCUGCAGACGCUCGUCUGCAAUAAUGUGCGGGGUCCAUGUCCCGUGGCAUCCUUUCACGUGCCCAACAUCAAAGAGACGGGAUCCAUGAUCAUCAACUCGAGCACGUCCCACUCAGGCGGCAGUGACAUAAACCCUACAGUCAUUUUGAAAGAAAGGACUACUGAGCUCUAAUUUUGUAUUUCAUUUGGUUAUUUUUUAAUAUAUAUAUAUAUAUAUAUAUAUAUAUAUAUAUAUAUAUAUAUAUAUAUAUAUAUAUAUAUGUCUUUAUGUAGAUAUAUGUCUUUAUUUAUUUAUUUAUUUUUUAUAUUUAUUUGUUAUUCUAUUUAUAAUACGACACUAGUGCAUGAGUGCAAAAUUGAUUUUUUUUAUGGAAUUGUGUAUAUUUCUAUCUGGUUGUCAAGCACAAAGUCCUGCACUUGUUUAUUUAUUUAAAGACUUGUUGUAUUAUAAGAAAUAUAUAAAAGUAAUAUAAUGACCUCAGUCACUGUAACUUGAUACUUGAAGAUUAGUUUACAGUUGCAGCUACAGAGAACACUACACUUCUUUUGUAGAUUAACUGCUGCUCUCCCAUUUGUCUUCAUGCAUUUGUAUGGUUGUCCCAGUAAGCUACUGUUUUACAGACAGUGAUACAUGAGUACACUAUAGUAGUGAUGUUAACAGUUAGCUACAUGACUGAUCUUGUAUCAUGUAUCACAUUAUCAUGUAAUGUACAUAAUGCAUUCCUCUUUCACUAUUGUUUUACAGAUUUUUUUUGCCACUUCAGACUGUGUAUUGUCGAGUGUUAUUUAAAAUGACGUUAAUAACUUUGUUACUACUACACUACAAUGUUGUUUAGAAUUACAUCGUGGUUCUAUAGAUAUUGUUUUAUUUGAUUUAUCAGAGCCUUGCCAAACUGACACUAAUAAACACUACCAGGAAAUAAUGCACAUUUCUCAGAAAUCCA